UUAGGAGUUAGUUAUGGGAGAAAAUAAAUAAUUAGAGGUUUUGGACUUAUUUAUGAGAGAAAGAGGUAGAGAGAGAAGUUAAAAGAAGGGUUUUGGUGAAAGUUGAAGAGAAAGAAGAGAUGAGGAAUGCAAUCUCGUUAUAUUAUAAAUCAACCUAAACCCUAAUAAUAGUUUUUUUAGCAAAUCCGAUCGUAAGAAUAGAGAGAGAAGCGGCGACAACGCAGGAGAAAAUUUCAUACAAUUUUUUGAUUUUGAAAGAAAGAUGGAGGAGGAGCUUAAAAUUCAUUUUCGUAAUGUAAUUCGGAAAUGUUUGGAAAAACAUGAUGAAGAAGAUCGUAAUGAUGCGUCAAAACUAUAUAAAAAAGAAUCAUUCAUACUAAAGCCGAAUUAUCCUCCGCAUGGCGAUGACGAUGACAAUUCUAAAGUCAUUAUACUCGGAGAUUAUAAAUGGACUUUCGCAGCUAGUCAUGUUGGAACCUCGUUGCAAUUUGAGUUAUCUCCUGACGACAACAAUCCAAUGUUGAAAUUUUAUGCACUCAACACAGUAGCGAUAAUUCACCCCCAUGACUACAUGCUAACUCAAUGUUCAGAUCGAUUCCACUCACUCUGCGAUGGUUAUCCGAUCUAUUCAUUUCAUUGUGAAGAAGGUUUUCUUGACGAUGAGGGUAAUGUUAAAGUAGAAUUGCAGACUCAGAUUUUUGGAGAAAAUGUCUUCCAGCCUCUCCUUGUAAAGAAGUAUCGAGUUGAGCUUCUUUUGACUAAAAUGCAUAUUGUGAACAUAAUUUGUUCUAGAUUUUUUAAGAAGACAAUAGAUAACAUGAAGAGCCUGAUUCAAGAUGAAAAUAAGUGGCCAAGAUUUUGUACUUUCAUUGAAGAAAGUGACCAAUUUUCAAUGGGCCAAAUGAUUUGUGAAAAGGAAGAUGUAAUUAAGGAAGCCUUGGUGCAUCACUUUUUUGUAGAUGCUGUUUUGACAUCUCCUUUGCUAAUGGAGAUAUUAUACGAUGGUUAUGAAUCAAUAAAUGCUAACAAUACUGCGGUUAAGUUUGUCAGAAUUGAGGGAGAUUUGUUUGAGUUGGUUGAUGAUGAUGUGCCAUCCCUAUUUAAAAGGGUUGUUGGUAAAGAGUAUAAACCUAUAUAUCCAACCAUUGUCACACAGUUUGGUUGCAUGAUUGUGGAAAUAUUUGUUCUGGACUAUCUAUUCAGGAAUAAAAUUGAGAAGAACUUCACUCAAAGUGAGCUCGAUCGAACUUAAAAGAAGUCCAUGAAAAAAAUUUGAGAAG